AUGUCUUCUUUUAAAGAGUUACAUAUUCAAGAGUUAAAACUAAAUGAUUUGAUAGAAAAAAGAAAAGAAUUAUUAAUUCAAUAUUAUAAAGAACAACAAGAUCAACAUCCGAGCAUUGAUAUAGGUAAAAUUAUCACUUUAGAUCAAUACAUUUCCCAUUAUAAUAUUAAAAAUAUUUCCGACUUUAACAGUUUUGAUAUAAACUUUUUGAAAAGAAAAUUACCUAUCGAAGAUGAAAACCAGAAACCUUUAGAAAUUACAACUAAGAAAAGAAAAACCAACAUAUUUUCAGAUGAUGAUUUGUAUAAGAAACGUCUAUUAGAGAAAAGUAUAAUUCAACUUUCCAAGAAUAACUUUAAAAAAAAUAAAACAAAUAAUACUACUAGAUUAACUUACAAGAGAUUUACACGAGAUGAGCUAAACACAAAAGAGUCUAUUAUUUUAUUAAUGAAAAACGAAAUACCUUCAAAAGUACCAAGGUCUAUUCCACUAGCAGAGUUAAGAUAUUUAACUUCAACAUUACCGCUAUCAAAACUAUUACCAAAGUCGCAUAAAACCUUAACUACGGACAUUUGGAAUACAACUUUAAAUGAAAGUAGAAUUUCGGUGGUAAGUUCUCGUAUUGAAGAAUUGAGAAGAAAUAAUAUGUGGUCCUUAAGACAACCUAAAAAAUUUAUAGAUAAUUUGCCCUUUUUCGGUGUAAGAAAUAUUGUUACACAUAGACAGAGAUUGUUACAGGAGGGUAAAUGGUGUCAAAUGGACUUUAAAGAAUUACACAAAUUAAAAAUGGCUAAAUGUGUUUUUAUUGCCGAUUCUAUAAAGGAGUACUGGCUAAUGGGCAAGGAAAAAUGCUGUGUUAAAAGACUUAAAAGAAAUGAAGAACAAAUUAAUGAUAAAUCUAAAGCUGAUUCCAGUCAAAUUAAUAUCUUCAAAUACCAAAUUUUUGAUGAUGAUCUAAGUGAGUUAGAAAAAGCAGUUGUUGAUAACCUACCACUAUAUGAACCUUUUGAUGAAAACAUUAAAGAGCAAAAUAUAGAGUUUGUUCCAAUAUCCAAAACAACUAUAACUUUAGAUGAUGAUAAGUUUAUGAAGCUAGUAGAAAAAGAAGUUAUAGAUUUGGAUACUUCCUUGGAAGCGUUAAGCAAAAGAAGAGGGUUAUUUGGAAGUAACAGUAAUAGAAGAGGCCAUUAUUUAAGACCCCCAGUACCGCCACCCUUAGAAUUGUUACCAUUUAGGACCCCAACUUUAUGGUUACCUCAAGAUGAUCAAUUAUUGGUUUCUUUAAUAAAUCAGUUUAAAUUUAACUGGGACAUUGUUAGCUCUCAUAUGUCUGUUAAUACUACAAAUGGAUACUUAUCUAAUACAGAAAGAAGAACUCCUUGGCAAUGUUUUGAAAGAUAUGUUCAGUUAAAUGUUAAGUUUGAUAUCAAUGAUUUAAGAGGAACACGUGCACAUAUGACCUAUUAUUGGUUGGUGCAGGCCCAUAAGCUGCAACUAAAAUUGAAAAGAAGAAUAUCACCAUUAGGUGUCACGGAAGAUAGUAUUCAAAGAGGCCACAGACGAUUAAGAUGGGCAAGUAUGUUUGAGGCAAUGAGAAAAGUUAUUAAGAAAAGGGAAAAUGUUCCUAAACCAAAUCCACAGCAAUCAAGGAAACCCAUGGACUUAUCUAAUACAAAAAUUCCAACACCACGAGAAAUGUCCGAAUUGAAGGCACAAAGAGAUGAGGCAUUGAAGAAGGAUUUGUUGAUGAGGAAAUAUAAUAAGCAAAAAGUAUUGCAACGUCAAAUAUUACAGCAACAACAACAACAACAGCAACAACAAAAGCAAAAACAACAACAACAACAGCAGCAGAAACAGCAGCAGAAACAGCAGCAGUAUCAAUCUCAACAAACACCACCGACAGUUUCUCAUACUGGAGAUACCCAGUCACCCUCUAGUAGUUCUCAUCAGAAAAGGGUUUCGUCUGCACGUCUAUCACUGUCACAGUCACCAAGGCAAACACCUAUUGAAGCAGAGGCUAGUUUUAAACAACAUUUAUCUCCUCGUAUUAUCAUUGAAACUUAUGCAAAAAAGCUCAUGCAACAAAAGCUGGAUUUAUCUCCAGAAAUUGCGCUAAAAGCCGCAGAGAAUUAUUACAUCCAAAUAUUCAGACAACAGCAAAUUGCUAAUGGUGAAAAUCACCUCGGCUCUGUUAAUAACGAUAACAAUGGCCAUAUAUUACCUAAUAUUGUCAAUGCAAAAUCUAUAACUAAUUAUGAUAAUAAUAUUUCUGCUAAUAAUAAUAUUUCUACUAAUAAUAAUAUUUCUACUAAUAAUAAUAUUUCUACUAAUAAUAAUAAAAAUACUGACACUUUUAAGGAUGGUUUCAAUGUUUCCAAAUAUAGAACACCUACACCACAAGAAAUUUUACAACAAAGUCAAUCACAUCAACAACAAUUUAUCGGCCCUGUAACAACACCUACGUCACAGGAAAUUAUCCAAAGAUCUCAACAACAACAACAAAUAAUCGCUGAUAGAAAGCCUACAUCGCAAGAAAUUAUUCAGAAAUCACAACAAGGUCGGUCAUAG